AUUGCCUAGCUCGGCACGGCACGGCACGGCUCGGCACGGCACGGCUCGGCACGGCACGGCACGGCGGCUCUGCGGACCCGGCACCAUGGCAGCGCCGGAGAAGGAGGGGGAAGCCCAGAAGCUGCGGUUCGGACAGUGGCUGCUGAACGCCGUCAACAGCGGGAGCUACCGGGGGCUGCGCUGGAUCGACUCUGCCCACACCGUCUUCCGCGUCCCCUGGAAGCACAACGCCAGGAAGGACAUCACCAGCAGUGACCUGGAGGUCUUCAAGGCCUGGGCAAAGAUCAGUGGGCGGUAUGAGGAAGGCUCCGAGGACCCGGCCAAGUGGAAGACCAACUUCCGCUGUGCCCUGAGCAGCACGCACUUGUUCAGGCUGGAACAGGACCAUUCCAAGCGUGGUGAUGACCCCCACAAGGUCUUCUCCGUUGUCUCAGCCACUCUCCAGGACAGCAAGGAGGGAGAUUCCAGCAUCGCCAAUCCUGUGGUGGACCAGCAGGCUGCACAACAGCAGCUGCAGCUGGAGCUCCACCCCCAAGACAUGGCCGCAGCUAUCGCUGUCCCAGGAAGCACAGACCCCACAGAGCUCUCGAUUCUGGAGGAGCUGCUGCAGCAGUGUGACAUCUCUCCCCGCAACCUUGGCUCGCUGGCCCCAUCCUGGGUGCCCGCAGGUGACACUCCCCACCAGGACAUCAUGCUCCAGCCUCACCAGGACACUGUGCUCCAGCCAAUGCAGAACACCGUGCUGCAGCUUCACCAGGGCACCGUGCUCCAGCCAGUACAGGACACCCUGCUCCAGCCUUAUGCAGACAGCAGCCAGAACAGCUGCUUCCCUCCCACGACAUUUCCACAAUGGGUGCCCACGGUGGAGCAGCCCACCUUGGACACCUACCAGCCCACGGGCCUCCUGCCACCAGAGGAGACAGGGGCCGUGCCCCCGCCGUGCCACCUGACGGAGGGCACGGUGCCCGUGCAGUACGCGGCGGAGGCGACGUUGUUCGUGCCUGCCGCCAGCCCCGUGCCACAGCCACGGCUGCUGCUGGACAACACAGAUGGCAUCGUCUCCAUCCUGGAUGUCACCAUCUACUACCGGGGCAAGGAGUUCCACCGGGAGGUGGUGGGGGGCAGCCGCUGCCUGCUGACCUACCAGCCCCGCAGCCUGCCGGGGCCGCCGUGCCCCUGGCACGUGGUGCACUUCCCCAGCCCCGCCAGCCUGGCCGACGGCAAGCAGCGGCGCAUCACCGAGGAGCUGCUGGGCAUUGCGGGGCUGCAGCUGGAGCAACGCGCCUACAAGGUCUUUGCCACCCGCCGGGAGAAGUGCAAGGUGUUCUGGGCCUUGUCCCAGCAGCUCGAGGGGGUCGAGGAGCCCCCACCCAACCUGCUCUGCCGGGACCGGGAAACGCCCAUCUUUGACUUCAAUGAGUUUUGCACGGAGCUGAGGGACUUCCGCAACGGCCAAAGGCGGCGAUCCCCUGACUUCACCAUCUACCUCUGCUUUGGGCAGGCCUUCUCCAAGGCCAAGCCUAAGGAGUCCAAGCUCAUCCUGGUCAAGCUGGUGCCCAAGUUCUGUGAGUACUACUACGAGCAGGUGCUGCAGGAGGGAGCCUCCUCCCUGGACAGCCACACCAUCAGCCUGCAGCUCUCCAACUCCUUCGACCUCAUGGAGCUCAUUGAGCAGUACACCAUGCAGCUGGGCUGAGCCCUGCUCCCCAGGGCCCUGGCACAGGCAGCAGGACCUCUGGGCACCCCAGGCUCUGCAAACCGGCACCCCCCAACCCGAGGACACCUUCAGUGACCAGUCCUGGAGCUCACACCUUGCUUUUCUUCUCUGUCAGCUUCUAGUGUGUCUAGUUUUUGUGGAGCGUGGUAAUUUACAGAUUUAUUUUCUUAAUUAUUCCAAGUUAAAAAGAAAAUAUAUAUAUAUAUAUA